GUGUUCGCAGCCGCCGCCGCGCCGCCGUCGCUCUCUAACGCCAGCGCCGCCUUUCGCUCGCCGAGCUCCAGCCGAAGGAGAAGGGGGGUAAGUAAGGAGGUCUCUGUACCAUGGCUCGUACAAAGCAGACUGCCCGCAAAUCGACCGGUGGUAAAGCACCCAGGAAGCAACUGGCUACAAAAGCCGCUCGCAAGAGUGCGCCCUCUACUGGAGGGGUGAAGAAACCUCAUAGCUACAGGCCUGGUACUGUGGCGCUCCGUGAAAUUAGACGUUAUCAGAAGUCCACUGAACUUCUGAUUCGCAAACUUCCCUUCCAGCGUCUGGUGCGAGAAAUUGCUCAGGACUUUAAAACAGAUCUGCGCUUCCAGAGCGCAGCUAUCGGUGCUUUGCAGGAGGCAAGUGAGGCCUAUCUGGUUGGCCUUUUUGAAGACACCAAC